GAGACAGCUACGUCCGGCUCUCUUUCGGUCCCUUCCUCCUUGGUCUGGGAGAUAGAGCCCCCAGGUGGUGCCCCACAGAAGGACCUUGGCGUUCGGGGCAUCAUGACCCCCACCUGGAUCUUACUCAUUCUCCAGCUGCGAUCCACCAGAGAGGAAGAUGCCUACGUCCAGAAGGGGCAGGACCGGGAGCUCCCUUGCAGCCUGGAUGACUCUCUCUCGGGCGCGGAAGAGUGGACCUGGUCCUAUAACGCCCAUGGCGCUGGGACUCUGGGGGUGCUGUUAUUCCGGGGCGUGGCGAGUCAGGCCAUGAAGAAGGAGGAGGGCACCUGGGAGCGGCUCUCCGUGCUCCCCAACCUCUCCCUAUACCUGCGGGGGGCCGAGGACGGGGACACGGGGACCUACUGGUGUUCGGUGCAAAGAGCCACCCGCAACACCUACCACUUGAAUGUUGUCACAGGGACCCACACGGUGCUGACGACCGGCCACGCCAACAUGACCUGCCACCAGUUCUCCUGCGCGAUCAGGGACUGGCAGGCGCUGCCGGUGGUGACAUGGUGGGUCAACGGGCAGCGGGUGCAGGACACCGACGGGCAGGACCGGCACCGCGUCGUCUCGGGCUCGCGGGCGUCGCUGCUCCAGGCCUGCUGGAAGAGGAGCGACAAGGGGGCCAGGAGGAAGGAAAGCCGGGUCAGGUGUGAGCUGAAGGGCACGUGGGUCAACUUCAACCUCACCGUGAAGGAGCCCCCCGCCCCCAACGUGGGGGGACCCGCCUGUAGCUCCGCCUUGAUCCCCCUGGCCGUGUGCGCAGCGCUGGAGUUCCUCCUCCUCCUCGCCUUGGGGGUGGCGCUGUGGAGGCGGGAGCAGCCGGACCGGAGGUCACACCUAGGCGACCUUCCCACGCACACCCAGCCAGAUCCUCCGGGUCCCAAAUCUCAAGCGCAGCUGUAUGAGAACGUGGGGCUGGGAUGUGCAGCAGGGGGUGCUGAUCCUGCCCAGCUGUGAUGGCUCCGUCGGCCCUGUGGAGCGACCGCCGCCCCUCGAGCCCUGUGUUGGGGUCCGGGCGGGGCUGAGCUGCGUGUCAAUAGCCAGUGCCCCCGGCAGGGCAGGGUCGGAGGCUCCCCGAGGCCACUAGGGGAAGAGCUGGAAGAGGAACCCAGGCAUCCAGCUCCCCGCCUUCUCCGCCCAUGGGGCCUGCGGUGACAGAUUGGGGCUUGGGGAGGGGAGGGGGUGUUUGGAGCUGGGAAUAAAAGAGAACAGAGCAGAGUUUGUGAUGGGAGUGUGGGACUGAGAGUG